AUGAUGGAUGGAAUCGAAGAAAAUGAAUCGCCACAGCAAGUGACCAGCCCAAACGUUACAGCGCCGGAAACUAUCGCAUCCCGGCAGGGUUCCGUAGAGGGUGGAUCCACUACUGGUUCGACGGCCGCCCUUCCGGAAAACUCGCUCCUAGUCGACAUUUCCGACGCAUUGAGCGAAAAGGAACGGGUGAAAUUUACCGUCCACACGCGCACCAAUCUGUCCGGGUUUGACAAGCCCGAUUUUCUGGUGGUCCGACAGCACGAAGAAUUCGUCUGGCUGCACGAUCGUUUCGAAGAGAACGAGGAAUAUGCCGGUUACAUUAUUCCACCCUGUCCUCCCCGGCCCGAUUUCGAUGCAUCGCGCGAAAAGCUGCAACGGCUAGGUGAAGGCGAAGGGAACAUGACCAAGGAAGAGUUCAAAAAGAUGAAACAGGAGCUGGAAGCCGAAUAUUUGGCCACUUUUAAAAAGACUGUUGCUAUGCAUGAAGUCUUCCUGACGCGCCUUGCCACGCAUCCGGUGUUUCGGGAAGAUUCGCACCUGAAGGUGUUUCUUGUGUACGAUCAGGAUCUGUGCGCGAAAAUGAAGAAAAAGAUCGACAUCUUUGGCGGUUUAGUGAAGAGCAUCGGUAAAACUACGGAUGAAAUCUACCUCGGUGCUACGGUGAAGGAUGUUAACGAUUUCUUCGAGCACGAGCUGCAGUUCUUGGGCGAGUAUCAUGGACACCUGAAAGAGGCUGCCAUACGGACGGAGAAAAUGACCAACAAACACAAGGACGUGGCCGAUUCGCAUGUGCGCAUUUCAACGCAACUGCUAGCACUAUCGACUGCGGAACAUGGUUCAAUGGAGAAGUUUCUGGCGAAGACAUCUGAUAUAUUUGAGAAAAUUAGGAAUAUGGAAGGGCGUGUCGCGAGCGAUCAGGACCUUAAGCUUGGCGACACUCUGCGGUACUAUCAGCGGGAUAGCAAUGCCGCAAAAGCAUUGUUAAUUCGUCGUUUGCGUUGCUUGGCCGCGUACGAAGCUGCCAACCGAAACUUGGAAAAGGCACGGGCCAAGAACAAGGACGUUCACGCGCCGCUGGAAGUGCAGGAGGCGGAAAGUGCACAGACGCAGGCGUGCGAAAAGUUUGAAUCCAUGUCGGCACGGGGAAAGGAAGAGCUGGUCAGCUUUAGAUUGCGCCGUGUGGCUGCGUUUAAGAAGAGUUUGACCGAUCUGGCAGAGUUGGAAAUAAAGCACGCUAAAGGGCAGUAUGAACUAUUGCGCCAGUCUUUACUUGCCUUACAAGAGCUGGUUUAA